AUGUCGCGAACUCAGGAAAUCUCGGCGCUGUCGGUGGAUGAGCCACCGUCUUUCCAUCUCAAAUUCAGAACAGCCAUCCGUGGAGAGGAAGUCUCGAAUGCCUUCGGAGCGGAUGAGGAAAUCAGCCGAGAGACUGCUCUGACAGCACUGACUGCGGCAGAGGAGCGGAAGUUGAUCCGCAAAGUCGACUGGCGAUUGCUACCUCUUCUGUCAAUGCUGUAUUUGAUGAAGAAGAUUGAUGAAAACAAUGCCUCCAAUGCUCGCAUUAUGAAUAAGGGAACGAAUGAAAACAUACUGACACAACUUGGAAUCACCUCCGACCAGUUCGGCAUGAUUAGCAUCCUAUAUACCGUCCCUUACAUUUUAGCAGAGAUUCCGUCAAACUUGGUCUUGAAAAGAAUCAGUCCUUCCCGGUGGCAGUCAAGAAUUAUGAUAACCUGGGGCCUUAUCACGGCUUACACCUCCGCAGUAACCAACCUGGCAGGACUCUACACCGUGCGUUUCUUACUUGGACUGGCAGAGGCGGGGAUGUUUCCCGCUAUCAUCCUCCAGCUCACCUACUGGCUAUUCAUAGUACAGGGAGCUCUGACCAUCGUGCUUGCGUUUGUGGUCUGGUUCUUCCUGCCUGAUUUUCCUGCGACAACCAAAUGGUUGUCACCGACAGAAAAGGCUUUCCUACAAGCACGACUACCUCAAAAAUCUCCAAGGGCUGUCGAAAGGAAUUUCGUCUCCAAGGAGAUUCUCAUAACGCUCCGCGACAAGAGGCUGUGGCUUUUUACGCUCAGCUGGGCUCUAAUGACCACCGGUAGCAGCGGCGUCAAAUUCUACCAGCCAACCAUCAUUUCCAACAUGGGUUUUAGUGGUAUUACUACUGCCCAGAUUCUCAAUAUACCCAUGUCAGUCGUCACGAUUGCUCUCCUUCUGGGCUCCGGAUGGGCGUCCAACAAAGCAAGAAUUCCGGUCCCUCUAUUUCCGAUUUUCAGUUGCGUCAUCACUGUGGCUUGCUAUUCCGUUCUGGUUGCCUAUCCUCACGACAUCGGUGUCUACAUUGCCAUGAUUAUCGGGAAUGCAUUCUCUAUCGCCUGGUUUCCUAUGAUGUGGUCGUGGCGUUCUCAAACUGUGAAUGGAGCAACGGGUUCUGCAUUUGCUAUCGGUUUCGUGAACAGUUACGGACAGAUCGGUGACGCUAUUGGGCCGCAGAUGUUCCAAGAUGUCUAUGAACCGCGGUAUCAGCUGCCAUUUGGGCUUGCCAUGGGACUUGUAAGUCUUUGCGGGUUGACAAAUGGCUAUACCUGGUGGGUUACGCGUCAAACGGAAAGAGAUACGAGGAGACACAAGCUUGCCAGACUGCAAGCAAAGCUUCAAAAUCAGGCCGUUCUCGACGACGUGACUGAUGUUGAUCUGAAGAGAGACGCAGCUUGA